AUGGGUCAGUCCAAAUUUGCCGCACCAACCCCCGCUCCUCUUGAUUCGACCAUUUCUCUCGAUGUCGACCUUUCCAAUUACGACGACGAGCAAGUUAAGCUCAUGGAGGAAAUGUGCAUUGUCCUCGAUCGUGAUGACAAGCGCAUUGGAGCCAACACCAAGAAAGCUUGCCACUUGAUGACCAACAUCAUGGAUCACGGUCUCUUGCACCGCGCCUUCUCGGUGUUCCUCUUCUCUGCUGAUGGUACCAAACUUUUGAUGCAACAGCGCGCCAGCGAAAAAAUCACCUUCCCCGAUGCAUGGACCAACACUUGCUGCUCCCAUCCUCUUAAUACUGCUGAUGAAUUGAUUGAGAAGGACAAUUUGGGUGUCCGUACUGCAGCUCAACGCAAGCUGUUCCACGAGCUUGGUAUCGAGGCCAAGGAUGUUCCACUGGAUGACUUCCACUUCUUGACCCGUAUCCAUUACUUGGCUCCAUCGAACGAUAUCUGGGGAGAGCAUGAGAUCGACUACAUCUUGUUCAUUAGACCACAACACAAGGACUUUAUCGACAUCAACCCCAGUCCUAACGAAGUCCGUGAUGUCUGUUGGGUGAACCAAGCUGAGCUCAAGGCUCUCUUGGAGAAGGGAGUUACUCCCGAUAGCGGUAUCAUUGUCACCCCUUGGUUCAAGCUGAUCUGUGAACACUUUUUAUUCAGUUGGUGGGAUAGAAUGUUGGCUGAGGGUAGUGUAGACAAGGUUGUCAGACCCGAUGAAGCUGAAAAGAUCUAUCGUCUCUAA